GGGGAGGGGGGUGUUUGUGGUUCUGGCGUGUGUGGAGGGCAGGGUGUGGGGCUGGUAAGAUUUUUGUUUGUGUUUUUUUUUUUUUUUUUUUUUUAAUAGCUGAUGAGGGGACUUGGUGGGUUGAGGGAGCUGGGAUUGCUCAGUGUGAUAAAGAGGAGUCUUGGGGGGGGGUGUGGUGCUUUCUGAAAGGAGGUUGUGGUGAGGUGGGGUCAACCUCUUUAUCAUAGAGCUAUAGAAUGACUUUGGUUGAAAGGACCAUGUUGAUCAUCUGGUUUACAACCCUCCUGUUAUGUGCAGGGUUGCCAACCAGCAGACUAGGCUGCCUAGAGCCACAUCCAGCCUGGCCUGGAAUGCCAAUGGGGCAUCCACAAUCUCCUUGGGCAACCUGUUCCAGUGCUUCACCACCCUCUGUAUGAAAAACUUCUUCCUAAUAUCCACCCUAAAUCUCCCAUCUCAGUUUAAAACCAUUCCCCCUUGUCCUGUCCCUAUCCACCCGCACGAACAGCUAUUUCUCCUCCUGUUUAUAUGCUCUGUUCAUAUACUGGAAAGCCCCACUGAGGUCCCCCCCUGAGCCUUCAUGUUCUGGGUAACAGUGUUAGGACAAGGGGGGAUUCCGGCUGGGUCUUAAAAAGAGUUUCUUCUCAGAAAGAGCAGUCAGUUGUUGGAGCAGGCUGCCCAGGGAGGUGGUGGAGUCACUAUCUCUGGAGGUAUUGACUGAGAGGGCAGAUGUAGUGCUUAGGGGCAUGUUUUAGGUGGGGAUGGGUUGGGAUUGAACUAGGUGAUCUUAUGUGCCUUUUCUAGCCAUGAAUAUGGCACAGGAUGAGAUGUGCUGAGGUGAGCAUCAGGAGAAGAGGGCCCCAGGGCAAUGGCUGCUUGCUGUGGAUGAAGGUGAGGGAGCACCUGAAGGCUUCUGUACUGCUCAGAAGAGAGAGGUAUAUGCUUGUGACUGCAUAAGGCUUCUGAAAGUUCACUUUGUAGUACUUGAGGCAAUGACAAAUCACAGGGUUUUGUGGGGAAAUGCAGGCAGGAGAGACUUUUGCCUGCAGCUAAUCUGAUUAGAUAUGUGAUAUAAAUCAGCAUCUCAACGUGUGAAUGGAGUAGGGGAAGUGCUUAGCAGGGAAGUUGUUAGCUAGGGGACUUCAGGAGGGAAAGCUGAGCUUCUGAUUCUCUCGUGCCCUGCUUCAAGAAGCAGCAUGGCCAGUGUGGGGAGGGCAGGUGAGUGCCAACACCAUUGGCAUGGAAGAGGCUGAGGAGAGGCCGGGGAAGAGGGUGGAGAGUGGAACAGAGCAUGCCAAGGACAAACCAGCAGAGUGAGUUUUCCUUCUGUUUGCGUAAGUGAGCGCCUGCACUGUUUGCAGCAGGAGCCUUUCCCUGGGAAGCACAGCCAGUCACUGUUUUACGUGUGAUGCAGGCAUGAUGAAAGAAAACACCUCCAGUUUUAUGCUACUGGAGAAGCACUUGUGCUGCUGUUGCACUGGAAGUAGCUUUGUGCUAGGAAAGGACACUUAGAUGUCCUUGCAGGAUGUCUGCUCAUCUCCAUUACAUUAGUCACCUGGAGUUUGCUGUUUCCUUCAGAUGGAAAGGGUGAUAGAUGUGUGCAGGUGGAGCCCCGUGCACUCAGCUAUAGGGUUGGUUGGAGGGAUGGUGGUGAUGUAAAAGCUUCUUACUGCAAUUUUGGGACAAGGUAUUAAUAAAUUGUAAAACUACCAGUGCUGUGUUGAAUUCUUCUCAAUUAAUGACAUGAGCCUUAAAGCAUGCCACGGUGUGUAUUUUUUUUUACAGAUUAUUUCUCUAAAGAGAGGUAUAUGUUAAUGCUGAUACGUAAUUAUAAAAUCCUAUUGCAUAAGACAUUCCAAGCAACAAACAUCAGUUGAGAUCUAUAGGCGUGGAAAAGAUAGCUCAUUUAGUGGUCUGAGCUAACUGUUUAAGUAUCAAUAUACUACAGACACAACUGAGAGCACCACCACUAAUGUUUAUAAACACCACCUAAAGCACUGUUAUCCCAUAGUUUGCAUUUCCUGUGUCUGAGAGGCAAUUGACUUCUCCUGAGGAGCCUGGGAGACUCCUACCCUUUUCUCAUCCAACCGAUCCCUGUUUUGUUGCUAUUCUUAGAAAGCUCCAUUGAAGUUUGGUGUUCAGUCUUUGUGGCAGAAAGAUAUGUUGUAACACUGACUUCUGAGAACAAAAGAGUGUGUAGAGUGAGUUCUUUUUAUGUUGUCUUGGUAUCCACAGCAAAAAUACUUGAUAAAUCCUGUUAAUCUGUGUGUAUUAAUUUAAAUACUAGACAGUUUCAUGAUUCUGAACGUUGGUGGAAAUGUUUCAAUUCUUGCAUUCAUAAGGAAUGCAUCAGUUUCAAAAUCAAUUACUGCUUGACUCUGAGAAACUGACCUUCAGUGGGCUUCAAUACAUUCAGGGCUGUAGCUCAUAACUGAUUGUACUAUAUGUGUUUUUUUAAUCAAAUAUUUAAGAAUGUUUUUUUCUGAAAAACAAGCUAUUAUGAGUAAGAUCUUAAAUUACAGCACCGUAAUGCAAUCUGUGCAGCUUAGCAGCCAGGGGCAGUGCUGAAUUCCUGUUGCUCAUUCUUCUCCCUAAACAAAAUAGUCUCCAAUUGGAAAAAUAAUGGAUCUUCUAGAGACCCAAAAUUGUCAUUUGGGGGUUAGGAGGCACAUAAGCACAGAUUUAUGUACUUAAAGCAAUAUUUUAGUGGAGACUGUGCCUAAUGUCCAGGGAGUGUUCUUCAAAGCUGCAGGUGCUUGCUGCCUGUGGAUACCUUGUCCCAGUAGGGCUGGGGUGCCUUGGAUGCUUGCUGGUACCAAAAAGGAGAAGGCCUUCCCUUCCUCCUCCUCUGCUCCAUCAUCCUGCUCCCAGAGAUUCACUCUGAUCACAAAGUGAGCUGUAAAUUCACUCCUGGCAAAAGAACAUUUAAUUUUUUUUUGCCAGGUCACGUUCCUGUAAUUCCACAGAGCUGAGCCAGCUUGUUUUGCGUCAAACAAAUACUGAUUCAGGGCAAAGAGUGGUACUGUGCAGCCAGAAGCAGGUGGGAAAGGAAGGACGUGACGAGAAAAAGCAGGAAGCUUGCUCUUGAUGACAAGAUGUUGAGGUGGCUCAUGUUGUGUUCAGUGUAGGAAUCUCUACUGAGUGCUUGAGAGUAUGUCUCCAAAGGCAUAACAGCCUUCUCUGCCCCUCCUUAGCCAAAAUCAAGCCAGCUCUGGCAGAACUGUUAGCUAAUAUACCUGCCCUUUAACUUAAUGGUACAUAAUGCUUAAAGGCAAUGUCACAUUUUAAGGCUUAGUUUUAUCUUUAAAGUGGCCACAUGCCAAUUGAAAUGUAGGAUCCAACUAAUGGGUAGUUUUAGUCAUUAUUUGUCAUCAAAAUUUUGAUUUGGCAAUAAUUAGUCAUAAAAAAUGUGAUCUGUUCAUAAUUAAAAUCAGUAAGUCAGUCACAAAUGGAGGGCCAGAAUAAAGCACCACUUCACAUUUUUUGUAACUUAUUUAUUACUUAUUUGUUCCUUAGUGUGCUGUUAGUGCCCAUGUUAGUGCAUCUGCUGAGUGUGAUCAAGUAUUUUCCUAUUGGAACAUUCUGCCUGGCCAUAUACAUGGUAUGUACAGCUUUAAUAGUACCACAGAUGUCAAAUACCAGGAUAGCACCACUCGGGGUCUUUGUGCAUGAGGCAGCAGGUGGCACUGAAUGGAGCAAUUCUUCUGAGGGCCAGCAGUUGCUGCCUGUGCUUUUGGCAUCCUUUUAACCGCAGGUACAGCAAACCUGGCUCUACCAGGCUUUUCCAGUAUCUGUCCACAAACACUGCACUCCUUUAUAGGAGGCAUUGCUUUUGUCAUUUGCCUUUCCAUAACAGAAGCUGCCUGGUUUUGCUCUUAUCUUGGUUUUUCCCACAUGUUUAACCAUAGAGACCUUUUUUUUUUUCUUUUUUUUUUUUUUUUUUCCCUUGCAUGAAGAAGCUUCCAGUGAAGCUGUUGCUUUUGCAGCAAAAUGGUUGAAAUGCUUUCAGGCGAUUUUGAUGCUCUGAGAAGAGUCAUAGCAAAAGCAUGGAGUCAGAGGCACAUGCUGGAUCAGUGAGCUGACCAGCAGCCUCAGCUGUUCAGCAAAGAAAGUGGUUAAAGCACAGCAUGCAGCUAAUUCUGCAAGUCUGAACUUAUGACUAGGUUGGUGAAAGUGGACGAAGGGCUCAUAUUUCAGAUCAUGAUAGUGCUUUAUUCUGCAGCUAUCACAGCAUCAUAAAUAGCUUGCUGACAUGCACAGACGUCUUGGUGGCUGACUUACAGUGACAAACACGUUUCCAUUUGCCAACAAACACUCUAGAAAUGCUUAGCAGUUAGUCUUAUCCUGAGAGAAUGGGUUUUUAAGAUUGAUGGAAAUAGUGGUUCAGAGACUUGCAGACAUCUUUAUGAAAAUUAAUGUUUCAGUGAUUAAAAAUAUCCAAAUAAUGUGAGUAUGUGUGACCAGAUGAAGUUUGAAGAAGUUUGGGCCAAAGCUGAGCUGGGACCGAUUAACAGACUUUUAAAAAGAGUGCAGAAUAAAAUUUCUGCAGCUUCUUUCUUCUCUGUUGAACAGACAUUAGAUAUACAUCUAUAGAACAUAGAUAUAGGACCUUAGUGUGGACUUUGUGUAGGUAUACAUGCUUCCAAGCUCUGGUGUCUUCCAUUAGAAGUAAUGAGAAGUACAUCAGGUAUUAGGCUGGACUAACACAAGUCUUGGUCAAGUCUGUUACCAAUCUCUGCUCUUUCAGGUGCAAUUGUGACUGUGGUCCUGAUCAAAGCAGAAAAUUGCAGUUGCUUAACAUAUUACAUUUUGCAUUUUAUUUGGCUCUUGGCCUCUUCAAAUGUCAAACUAGACACUAGUAGAUGUGUAAAUAGGGAAGAAAUUGCUGCCUUUCAAAGAGCACACUUUACCAGGGAGCCUCAGGGCAAGUACUCUUUGCAUUUCUUUAUGCUCUGUGCCUUUUUUUUUAACUUUAAAAAAAAAAGAAAAAAAAAAGUAAAGAAAAGAAGCUUGGGUAUAAUUUCAAACAAAGCAAUCACAAUAUUCCGGAAGAAUACUGAAGUUAAUCUACAAAAUUAUGGCACUUGAUGUGUGAGCUGGCACAAAGCAUGCUGUGCCAAUGAGAGGAAAUCCUCCUUUCCUUCAUUUUCCCAGUUCUUCUGAUCAUGUGGUUCCACAACUUCUGAGGCACUGCUGCUCACAUUUGAGUUAGUUCAACUCACAUACUCCCUUUGUUUUUGCUGGAUGUGUGCAUUCAACUGAUUUAUGAACUAUGAUUUAAAACUUGUGUAAGGCAAGUGGGAGAAACGCAGUGAGAUUUAGGAGAAAAGGGAAUUAAAAUAAAGCCUUUACUCUCAAACAAGCUCAUGAUCUGACAAGGGUUAUCUUAACUCUUACUAGAAAUUAUCAUUUGUAUUGCAUCCAAGCUAAGUGUUCACCAUUAAAUACUGAACAUUUAAGUCUCAGUAUUAGUUUAGUAGGCUUUGGUACUUAGAGAAUUUCACUGAAGGUGCUUGAACAACCUGAGCGAUCAGAGGUAUUUCUUAUUUCUUACAUGAAGUUGGUUGGCACUGCAUCAGAAUUUAAAACCUGUUCUAAGGUCUUUUCAAAACAUACCAAUUUCUAGACAUAAGUAUUUUGUCUGAUUGUCCAUGUGUCUGGCUUAAUGUGAAUGAACCUACACCCCACCAGUUGUAUUCUGGGCCCCAGUUCAGUUGACUGCUUCAUUGUAUCUUUGAAUCUUUGCUGUGCUUUGAGUUUUAACCAGCUUGUUCAGUUCAUCUUGUGUGGCUGGGAGAAGUACAAAUCUAGCUAUUUUAUUUCUGCUGUGGGCAAAAGAGAGUGGCUUAAUUUAGUAUAAUCAUGCAAUUUGUUUGUUUUCCUUUGAAGGUACUCUGCGCCAUGUAGUACCUUGGAAGCGGUGUUUUCGAUAUUGCUGCCUCUCUCACACCAAAAUGCCAGCACUUAAAGUUGGAAUGAAAAGAUAACUAGGACAGGUGCAUUCAAAAGGCUGUAUCAGAUGGACAGAGGGAGGGAUGAAAUAUAUUAAGUCACAAGAACCAAAUACACAGCUCAGGGACUACUAGAAGCAGAAGCUACCGCUGAAUUAAGAGCAUAAGAAUCUCAUUUAGAAAAGAGGCAACCCAGUGAACUGCUUGGGAAUUUUUUCCCUAUCUAAGAUGAGGUGCCACGAGGCCCUGUGGAGUAAGUUGUGAGGAUGUAAUCAAUACGCACCUGUCUCCACCUCCAAAUAACACACAGCCUGGUGAUUAAGGAAGUAUUUGGAGAAUGAAACAGAUGAAUUUGAAUUCUCUGCUAGACGCAGUUCUGCAGUCCCUGGGCCACCAUUCAACAAGAUGACAAGUUUUAAAAAUGGAUGAAGACCUUAAAAUGCAGGCGCUUGACUCAGCUCUUCAGAGUCCAUCAGAGACAUUGCUUUCCAUUCGUCUCUUGGACUUCAAAACAAGUUUAUUGGAGACUAUAGAAGAACUGCGUAUAAGAAGGGAAACAGAGAUUAAUUAUGAAGAUCAAUUAAGUAAAACUGUUGUGGAGAAACAGGAACUUGAGUGGCAGAAGGAAACUCUGCAGCAUCAGACAGACACAUUACAGCAACAAAACAAAGAAGCUAUGGCAGCUUUUAAAAAGCAGUUACAGGCAAGGAUGUUUGCCAUGGAAGAAGAAAAGGGAAAAUAUCAACUUGCUGUAGAAAUAAAAGAAAAAGAAAUUGAUGGAUUGAAAGAAACAUUAAAGGAAUUACAGAUUUCAAAACACACAUUACAAAAGAAGCUGAAUGAAAUGGAUCAGAAAUUACAGAUGCACUUAACAGUAAGAGAAGAGCAUAAUAAGAAACUGAAUGAAGUUGAGAGGUGUUAUGCUACUAUUGCAUGUCAGUUUGGAAUUGUUAAAGGUGUCCAUGAAAAAUUGGAGCACAGUGUACAGGAAGCAAUACAGCUCAAUAAGAAACUAACAUCAGUGAAUAAAAGACAAGAGACUGAAAUAAGUAAUCUGAAGGAAGAACUGAAGAAAGUAACUACAGACUUGAUAAGGUCCAAGGUCACAUCUCAGCACAGGGUGGGAGAAGAAAACAUCAAUCUUGCAGCAAAGGAAAAACAGUUUCAAGAACUGCAACAAAAAAUCAGAAUGGAGACAGCAAUCAGUAAAAGAGUUCAAGAAGAAAACGCUAACAUUAAAGAAGAGAAGCUAGAAAUUCUCAGCUCUCUACAGUGUGUGCAGAAGCAGCUACAGCAAAUAACCCAAACGAAUGUUAGAAUGGAAAGUGAAUUAAAUGCACUGAGAGAAGAAUAUCAGACACUUGAAAGAGAUAAUGAGCUGCAAAGGGAGAAGGCAAAGGAAAAUGAAGAAAAGUUCCUUAAUCUUCAGAAUGAGCAUGAGAAAGCACUGAGAAUUUGGAAAAAAGAUGAGGAAAAUUUGAGAAGAGAGAUGGACACUAUUAAAAAUGAGCUAAAUUCCCUUAAAAAGACCCAAGGACAUCUUGAUGAUUGCCAUCCUCCUCAGGGAAACCAGCAUUCUGAGCAAGUAGAAAAUCUGCAGAUCCAUUCAACAGUUCAUCCCAUAAUAAGAAAUAGUGGUCAAGAACAAUCAAAAGGCAGUGAAAUACAGGCUAUUCAGAAAGAAAACGAUUGUAUGCCAUCUAUACUAAGAAAAGACAAUAACUUUGGACAUGAAGAUGAAAUUGAAGUAAAAAACACAGUGAGCUUCUCCUUAAGCACUGAGGAGUUACAGAUAGAACAAAAGUUACAAGUUCUUGAGAACGGUUUUAAGGAUGAGAUUAACGUAGCUAGCCCUUUGGAAGGAAAGGAAAGGGAGGUUUCUCCCAGGAAUACCCUCUGCACAGAUACUGAUUUAAUUACCCAAGGACAGAACUCAGAAAUGCAUGUCACUGAAUGUAAAGAAGCAGAAAAUCUAGAAACAACGUGUAGAGUGCUACUGGAGGGAAACAGUGCAAAUUUACAACAAAAACUACAGGACAGCACUGGUCCAGCAGCACCACAUCACACAGAAACAAGCAAGGUACUUCUAAAUGCUGCUGACAGAGUAAUUGUCAGUGAUAAAAAUGCAAUUCAAGAGAUGAACUCUAGUAACCAAGAACUGUGCAGUACUACACAUGAAUCAAUUUGUACUAAGGUAGACAAGAACUCAAGUAUCAUAGAACUCAACAGCAGUGUUCUUACAACCAAAGCAUCCAAAAAAGAGUCUGAAGCAGCUGUCUGUACUGAGAAGAGUGCUGUGUGUGAAAGAAAUACAGAUAAUCAUCAAGUGAGUGAAUUCCAUUUUGGCAUCCUAUCUUAUCCUAAAGAAAAUUGUCAGACAGGAUACCAGAAAUGUAGCUUGCUAAACAGUGACAACAAUGUGGACAACAGAUUGUGUAGAAUAGAAAGAAGCUUGUUAAAUCUGAGUGGUUUACCUAGAGAUAAAUUUCCUUUUAAACAGACUCAUAUAGAUGCUGAAGACAAAAAUUACAAUGAUAAUGCUGCAAACAUCAACAGAAGUGGUGCACUACGGCAUAUUGGUUUUCCAGCAAUGGAUGCUCAAAAUGUACUAGCCAUUUACUGUGAUAAUGCAAGUACUGAUAAAGCUGCAAAAGAACAUAGUAGUAACAUGCCUUUUACAGGUACUUAUAAUUUAUGCCCUGAAAAAAUAAAUAAAGGAAUAAAUGUGGAUGAUGUGCACAGCAAACAACCUGAACAUGACAGUACUGAGCAAUCAGGAGGUGACGAAAGUAUGUGUACCUUGAAUGCUGAAGCCAUGUCUCCAGUAAAGGCUCAUGAUCUUGACACAACUGUUCAAAAAGUCCCAGCAGAUGGAAUUGAUGUAGACAAACUUAAUGAAGAAAUUCAGAUACAGUCCAUCAAAAAUGGACAUUCCCUGGACAUCAAUGAUGAUUCAAUAAAUAACAGUAUGUUAAAACAGGAAAAAGACUCGGUGCACAGUACAGUUCCAGGAAGGAAGUUUGCUGAGGGUCACCUGAAAGAGUCAUGCUCUUUACCCAUGAGAACAUCUGGAAAUUUAGUAAAUGUAAGUGGAAGGUCAUCCUUUGAUCUUUCAAAUUCAGAUAAAAAAGCUGAGAAAACUUCAGUAUGCUUCAAAUUUUUAGGCCUUAGUUCUUGUUCAAGAGUAAAUCAAAUGAGAAGUCAGGCUACAUGGACUUCAUCAUCCCAGGAACCUUCCGUUUUGAAAGAAAAACUACCAUGUCUAGUGGAAAACAAAAAGGUGCCUUCAAGAGAACUGUUUCAAAAUGUCAGUGAAAAUGUUGGCAGGAAAGAAACAGGACCAGGUUCCACCAGUUCUAACAGAGCCGCCGACACUUUGAAUACCUCUAGAAUCCACCGAGACCCCCAGGGAGACCCUACUGAAGAAUGGAAUGCUAUAGCAAAGACUUUUUAUGAUUCUUCUUUUCCCACAGAACAUGUGAAAGAAGGAUUUACUGCUUUGAAUGAGCAGAAGUCAUCUCCCAUGACUGUAACUUCAGCACAAAGUGAAAGAACGCUUGGAGAUGAGGACAGGUUUCCUACUCAUAAUUCCACUGUACAAAGUCAAAUAGAAGAAAUUGAGAAAUACCUCAAUUUGGAAACCCUUUGUUCAUCAAGAAAAAGAAAAUAUGAAGACAGACAGUAAAAAGCAGUGGUAGGAGAUGGUAGUUAAACAUGGAUAAACCACUUCUGUAAGCUAAGUUGGUAGAGGUAUUCCUACAUACUGUAUAUUCAUGUACUUUCACAUUUAAUACAGGAUAAAUACUUCUUGUUUAAAAAUAGAUGCAACUCUAAUUAAUCCGUUUCUACAAUCAAAUGCAAGCAAGCUGUUAUGAGUUUGACCUGAAGUUAAAAGUUCACAAGUUAAAUGUUUUAAUAAAUCUGUAAGCAAUAUUAAACUACUCCCCAGAACUUCUAAUCGAAAUAGUUCAGUUUGGGUUGACAGACUGCUCCGUUUUUGAACAGUGCUGCAACUGUUUCAAAAUAUAAUUGUUCUUAUAGACUCAUGCCACUUAGGGUUGCUGUAAUAAAUUUUGUCUAAAUAAUGCCUCUUUGCCCACUAAAACGGGGGGUAUAGCUUACGAAGUUUCACUUCUGGCUCACAUUUCUCCUCCUUCAGGAUAAUAGUAAUUACUUACUAUUCAAUUCAAUUACUUACACUAUCACUUUCCUCAUCUACCUCUCUCCCACCCCAUACCUCUUGUCAAAGAGCAAUUCUCAUAGGAGAAACCUAAAAAAAUAAGAACAACAAAAGAAACAGGGUAUUGCUACUGUUAGUUAUUUCUAAUUAUAUAAGAAAAUCAACAAGAGAUUUUCCCACAUUUUAUUGCUUUUCUGUUGAAAUUUAGAAUGCAUGUCUUCUUUAAACCAAUUGUAUACAUUUUGGAAACAUUCACAAAUGGUCAAAAUUUUGAAUAAAAUGUAUCUAUAGCAAGACA